AUGCCACUGCUCCCCACACCACUGCUCCCAACGUCACUGCUCCCAACGCCCCUGCUCCCUACGCCACUGCUCCCUACGCCACUGCUCCCCACGCCACUGCCCCUACGCCACUGCCCUCAACUUCACUGCUCCCAAUGCCACUGCUCCCCACGCCACUGCUCCCAACGACAAUGCUCCCAAUGCCCCUGGUCCCUACGUCACUGCUCCCCACGCCACUGCUCCCCACUCCACGCUCCCCACGCUGCUGCUCCCCACAUACUGUCCUCAACUCCACUGCUCCCAACGCCGCUGCUCCCCACGCACUGCUCCCAACGCCACUGCUCCCCACGCCGCUGCUCCCCACACCACUGCUCCCUACGCCACUGCUCUCAACUGCACUGCCCCCAACGCCACCGCUCCCUACGCCAGUGCUCCUCACGCCACUGCUCCCCACGCCGCUGCUUCACACGCCAUGCUCCCCACGCGUGCUCCCCACGCCACUGCCCCUACGCCACUGCCCUCAACUUCACUGCUCCCAAUGCCACAGCUCCCCACACCACUGCUCCCAACGUCACUGCUCCCAACGCCCCUGCUCCCUACGCCACUGCUCCCAAUGCCGCUGUCCCCCACGCCACUGCUCCCAACGCCACUGCUCCUCACGCCAUUGCUCCCCACGUCGCUGCUCCCCACGUCGCUGCUCCCCACUCCGCUGCUCCCCACGCCGCUGCUCCCCACUCCGCUGCUCCCCACUCCGCUGCUCCCCAAGCCGCUGCUUCCCACGCCACUGCUCCCUACGCCACUGCUCUCAACUUCACUGCUCCCAAUGCCACUGGUCCCCACGGUAUGCUCCCAACGCCACUGAUCCCCACGUUGCUGCUCCCCACGCCGCUGCUCUCCACGCCACUGCUCCCCACGCCGCUGUUCCCCACACCACUGCUCCCAACGUCGCUGCUCUCAACUCCACUGCUCCCAACGCCACUGCUCUCUACGCCACUCCCUCACCUGGUCCCCACCGCUGCUCCCACGCCGCUGCUCCCCACGCCGCUGCUCCCCACACCACUGCUCUCUAAGCCACUGCUCUCAACUCAAAUUCUCCCAACGCCAAAGCUCCCUACGCCACUGUAG